AUGGCUCAAAGGAUCAAAACAAAGCCAAAGCCAAACUAUGAUCGGAAAGCAAAGCACCCGGACUAUGUCCAAUUUCGGUGCAAUGCCUUUGCUUUCAACAGCAUCAUUAGAGACAUAAAGGACAAGCUCAAUGAAAGGCAGAAGAAGCUUCUCAAGAAAACCCCUUUCUGGAACUUGAUCGAGCUGUUUUACCGCCAGAGAAUUGACAUGAAUAACAUGAAUAAGUCGGACAUUGACUUAGCACAGCUGCUCAAGACAUUUGAUCCGGAUACAAAGUCCUUCAAAUUUGGAACCAAAUCAUUCCAAAUCACAAGCAAUGCAGUGACUCAGAUUCUAGGACUGCCAAAUGAAGGCAAAUCUGUCAAACUUGUCAAUGAUAGGUACACUGCUACCUUCAGAACAAGGCACUUUGGAGAAAAGGGAAAACCUUCAAAAAACCAGGUAGAAGCAGAAUUACAAAAGACAAUUGCCUUGGCAAACCAACAGAAGAAAGAAAAGGCAAAGACAGAGCAAAAGAAAAAAACGAACAAAGGAAAAGAAAGGAAAGAAGCUGAAGAAGAAGAAGAAGAAGAAGAAGAAGUUGAUUACGACAAGGAGGUGGUCAGCCUAAUAUUGAUUCUGCUGUGCAUGACAUUCCUUUUUGCCAACUCUUCAUCUACUUUGCAUUGGAAAUUAUUUGAGCACUGCGUGAAUCUAGACACACUUUCAAGCUAUUCGUGGGCAAGAGCUGUUUCAGACUACAUGAAUGAAUCCUUGACCGCAAAAGCAAAAGCAAAAGCAAAGAAGGGAGGAGAAGCCUCUAUAGGAGCUGUUUCGGGUUGCACUAUCCUAAUAUUGUUUCUACUGUGUGAGAGGACAAACAUCAUACAACCAAUCCUUGGCAAAAAGUGCAACGCAGAAACUGACUAUAUAUUCGCUAAACCAUAUCUAAAAUAA